GCAAACACAAGCUUCAGGCUGCUCAGCUGAGGAAUUGCCAGGACUGUCAUGUCCAGAGCUGCUGCGUUGGUGUCUGCGGCGGCUCAGCUGCAGCCGGUGCUGGUGGAGGGGAUGGUGGUGCACGACUGUGGGUGAAACCGAGGGAGUUAAAGCCGAGCCAGGAAGGGAAGAGUGCCCAGAUAGCGAUGGCUUUUAGACUGGUGCAGUGGCUGGAAAACCUGGAACACAGCAAGAAAGGUGCAGGGGGAUGAAGGGGCUGUUGGGCAAAAUGCUGCUGCAGGGGGGACCCGUCUGGUGUGAGCGGCCCCCGGUGAGAGUUGGGUGGCUAAAGAUGAAGCAUGAGAGGUAAAUAGAAGUAGAAUUACAUAAGGAAGCAAAAACUAUGUAAAAAAAAAAGUGCCUAAAGACUGGGAGGUGAGUGAGGAGCCGGUGGAGGCUCUGAGGAGGGUGGACAGGAGCUGCAGGGAUGUGCCAGGGCAGAGCCUGACUCUCCCCAGCUGUGCUGAGAGAGGCAGGAGGAGAAGAGAGAUUGCACCGAGACAAAAACCUCCCAGGAGUGGGAGGAGAAAUGCUGAAAGAAACCCGAAUUUCACAACCCCGGAGGAGCAGGGACGGGAGCCGCCGGCCCCGGGUGCGUCCUUCCCACGAGCGUCGGAGCGAGGAGAUGCCGGGGAGCGGGACCGGGAGCCCAGGGGACACCAGCAAGAGCAUUUGUGUGACUCCCCGUGCGGGAGGGUGAGCGUGUCCGUCGGCAAACGAGCCGGAGAGCACCCAAACCUGGGCUAAGGGUGUCGGUUUCAACCUGGAGCCAUGACAGCGUAGGCAGGCGGCAAGAGAUGGAUCGCUUCACCGAGUGCGGGACCCAGACGGACGCGGUGGUGGUGCUGUCCCUGGCGCAGGCGGCGGUUCUGGGCUUGGUGUCCGAGAAUGAGCUGCUCGGGGCCACCGUCAGCCCCGCCGGCUUCUUCCCGGGGCUGGGAGGGGAGCUGCCGGACCCCGCCGCGGCGGAGCCCGGGGAGCCGGAGGGCGAGAGCCGGCUGGAGGGCGAGGGGCAGGCGCCGGGGGACGGGCAGGAGGAGGACGCCUUGGAGGCAGAGUCCUCCCUGGAGAAGCACGCCCGGAGGAGGAAGCGGCCUCCGGUGAGGCUGGUGCCCAAGGUCAAGUGCGAGAAGGCAGAGGACGAGGCGCCGGACGAGGCGUCCGUCCCCGCGGACGAGGAGGGCGAGCGGCAGCGCGGCCGCCCGCCCCAGGACCCCGGCCAGGAGCCGGCGGUGCAGAGCAGCGCCGUGAAGAUGAUCGACCUCGGCGCCUUCGGCAGGAAGCCCCGGCGCCUCCGGCACCUCCGCCGGCACGCGCGCCAGGAACCGGGGGGCACCCAGCGUCGCCCCAGCAGCACCGACCCCCCCGGCGCGGCGGGGGGAGGCACCGCGGGGACCCUGCGGACCGAGUGCGCCUUCGAGGCGGGCACCCCGUCCCCCGGAGAGGCCGAGGCCCCAGCGCCGGCGUCCCCCGAGCAGGUGAAGAGCGAGCAGGGCUUCUCCUGGCAGGAGCCGGGGGAGCUGGAGGCGGAGGCGGGGGGGGCCACCAGCGAGCGCAACAAGAAGGCGCAGCUGGACCGGCUGGACAUCAACGUGCAGAUCGACGACUCCUACCUGGUGGAAGCCGGGGACCGCCAGAAGCGCUGGCAGUGCCGCAUGUGCGAGAAGUCCUACACGUCCAAGUACAACCUGGUGACCCACAUCCUGGGCCACAACGGCAUCAAGCCCCACUCCUGCCCGCACUGCAACAAGCUCUUCAAGCAGCCCAGCCACCUGCAGACCCACUUGCUGACCCACCAGGGCACGCGGCCCCACAAGUGCGAGGUGUGCAGCAAGGCGUUCACCCAGACCAGCCACCUGAAGCGGCACAUGCUGCUGCACACCGACAUCAAGCCCUACAGCUGCCGCUUCUGCGGCCGGGGCUUCGCCUACCCCAGCGAGCUGAAGGCGCACGAGGUGAAGCACGAGAGCGGCCGCUGCCACGUCUGCGUGGAGUGCGGGCUGGACUUCUCCACGCUCACCCAGCUGAAGCGGCACCUCUCCACGCACCAGGGCCCCACGCUGUACCAGUGCCUGGAGUGCAGCAAGUCCUUCCACUACCGCAGCCAGCUGCAGAACCACAUGCUGAAGCACCAGAACGUCCGGCCCUUCGUCUGCACCGAGUGCGGGAUGGAGUUCAGCCAGAUCCACCACCUCAAGCAGCACUCCCUCACGCACAAGGGUGUGAAGGAGUUCAAGUGCGAGGUGUGCGGGCGGGAGUUCACCCUCCAGGCCAACAUGAAGCGGCACAUGCUGAUCCACACCAGCGUCCGUCCCUACCAGUGUCACAUCUGCUUCAAGACGUUUGUGCAGAAGCAGACGCUCAAGACCCACAUGAUUGUGCACUCACCGGUGAAGCCAUUCAAAUGCAAGGUCUGCGGGAAAUCCUUCAACCGCAUGUACAACCUCCUGGGCCACAUGCACCUGCACGCGGGGAGCAAGCCCUUCAAGUGUCCCUACUGCUCCAGCAAGUUCAACCUCAAGGGCAACCUGAGCCGGCACAUGAAGGUCAAGCACGGGGUGAUGGACAUCAGCCUGGACAGCCAAGAUCCCAUGAUGGACCUGGCCGGGGCCGACCACGCCGAGCUGGACGGGCAGCAGGAGAUGGACGACUUCGAGGAGGAGAACUCUUACGGCUACGGGGGGGCAGGCAACCCUCCGGAUGAGCACGGCCUGACCGAGCAGGCCAUGAAGGAGAUGGCGUACUACAACAUGUUGUAGCCGAGGCCGGAGGAGGCUGCUGGGGGCCUGCGUGGGCUUUGCGUGGGAAGAGGAGCCGCUGCCGGUGGGCUGCGGCACCCAGCCAGACUCGCACCCCCGGAGCUGGGGAGGGGGGGGGGCUCCAGCUGAGCUUGGUGAAGGAGAAAACAGGGAUGCCCAAAAGCCUUUGCCGGGGUGAAGGCAGGAGCGGAGGCUGGAGGCAGCCUCGGCGGAGCUCUCGCCAGGGCUGGGGUGCUCCCCUCCUUCCCUCCCCCCCCCCCCCCCAACCCCAGAGCCGGCCCGGCGCUGACCUCCCUCGGCUCUGCUCCUGCCUGCCCCACGGCGCGGGGGCAAGCCGGGACCUUGCCUGGCCCCCAGCUGCAGGCAGGGGAAGGCACGUCCCAGAAGAUGAUGAGCAUUACUAAUUAUUCUACCUCCUGGGUCCUCCCGCACGGCUGCGCUGGGGCUGCAGCCCGGCCAGCCCCCCCGCCCCCCCCCCCCCAGCUCCCAGCACCCCGGGGGCAGAAGCCCCUCUGCCCGCGGGAGGAGGGGGGGUUGCAUUUCGUGCUCUUCCCCCUCUCCGGCACCGGCUGCGAGCUGGCACGGGCAGCGCUGCGGCGACCUGCGCGAGGCCACGGGGCACAUACAAAACAGAAUAUUUUCUUACAAACUAAUGGCAAAGCUCAGAGGAAGCAGCAGCUCUGGGUAUAGAGCGGCUGCAGUGAGCCGUGUAUUUAAAGGAAGGCAAACCCUGUUCAACUUGAGCAAAUGAUGGUAUUUUGAAAGUAAUUUAUUUUUUUCAGACGUGCCGCGUGGUUGGAUUUAUCUUUUCACCGAGUUCAGUUUCCUUCAACCAAUGUGCUUUGUAAA